AAUAGCAGUGCCCUUCGGCUUGAUAUUGGAAAAUGGCGAUUUGCGAGGUUGUUUGAAGCAUAAUUUCAGUAAACACAAUCUCGGACUCGCAACUCGUUGGUUAAAUGUGCCCUGAAAAUCAUGUGAUGUGCACUGUGUGCGAUGGCGAGCAAAGAGAUAAUCGGCCAUCAGCAGCAGUUCGUUGAGGAAAUCGAGUAUAAUGAAAUCAAAACUGAGCAGGUAGUCGGCAAAGGUUCCUUUGGAGUCGUCUGGAAAGGAAGGUGGAGAGGGCAGGAUGUUGCUGUGAAACACAUAAAUACGGAAGGAGAAAGAAAAGCCUUUACCGUAGAAGUUCGCCAACUAUCCAGAGUCGCCCAUCCCAAUAUUGUUAAACUGUAUGGUGCCUGUACCAAGAAUCCAGUAUGCUUGGUUAUGGAGUAUGCAGAAGGUGGAUCAUUGUAUAAUGUACUGCAUUGUAAUCCUCAACCGCAUUAUACUAUUAGUCAUGCUAUGAGUUGGACUCUUCAAUGUGCGCUCGGCGUCGCAUAUCUUCAUAAUAUGAAACCAAAACCAUUGAUACACAGAGAUCUAAAGCCACCUAAUCUGUUAUUAGUUAUGGGUGGACAGAUGCUUAAGAUCUGUGACUUUGGUACAGCCUGCGAUUUACACACAUACAUGACUAAUAAUAAAGGCUCAGCUGCAUGGAUGGCACCAGAAGUAUUUGAAGGAUCUAGGUAUACGGAGAAGUGUGAUGUAUUUAGUUGGGGUAUCAUUUUGUGGGAGGUUUUAGCACGUCAAAAGCCUUUUGAUGAUCUUGCCCCCUUAGGCGUUUCAGCCUUUAGGAUAAUGUGGGCUGUUCAUGUAGGACAAAGGCCUCCUUUAAUAGAAGGAUGUCCGAAACCAAUCGAGGAUCUUAUGACCAGAUGUUGGCAGAAAAUACCUGAAGAAAGACCUUCCAUGGAUGAAGUAGUAAAGAUAAUGACCAAACUAUCAGAAUUUUUCAGUCCACAUUUAGAACCUAUUGAAUAUUCCUUAAGUUGCAAAGCUGAUAAUGUAGAUGAGAAUGAAGCAUCAAGGGAAGAUACACUAGAUAUAGCCAGUACGUUAGAUUCUGGAAUGAACGGUUCUGUUGCGAACGGUACUAUUUGUACAAUUCCAAAGUCUUUAGAAAAAGCUAAUAAAUCCUUCAAUAUAGAGAGAUCAUUGCCUUUUGCAUUAUCUCUCGCAACGCCGUUCAGCGACACACCGACGAAUUUCUCGCCACGUCCAAAUAAUUUAGGAUUUCAACAAGUAUCUGACGAGUGUCCGAUAUCGAAUAAUCAUUUUCCUGGGAACGUGGAUAAUAAUUUAGAACAUGCCAAAUCAUCGAUCUCGCAAAGUGCAGCAAUACCAACGGCAUACGACGACACGUUUGCUGCGCUGCAACGCAAAAAUUAUCAUUUUGCUCCAUUACAUGUGGAAUGUGACCCGCAUGCUUGGGAUUUACCGAGCUCCUCUGAUACCUCUUGGGAAAUUCCAAAUAAUAUGGCCGGAUUAGAUAAAGUGGUGCAAAAAACGAAGAAAAAUAUCCAAAGUAGCAGCACUACGAGCGAAGAUUUGGGCAAUGUCUGCCGCCUCUUGGACGCCGACCUGAGGCCUCUCACGCCUGACGAUACUUGCAAACGUUCGCGAGAGAUCUUCGAGGAGCACAAACAAAUAGCACAGGAAUAUCUCAAGGUGCAAACAGAGAUAGCUUUGUUGAGCCAGCAUAAAAACGAGAUGUUAAAGAACCUAAGCAUUGACAGUCUCAGGCAACAGCAGGAGUUGCGAAAACUUGAAGAUGAAAAGGAGUCGCUGCUGAAGUUAUGUCGCAAUCUACAGCGGCAAUUACAGAUCAUGAAGGAUCAGAGAAUCAAGGGAGCGUUGACGAAUGCUGCUGCUGCUGCCGCCACCGCUACUGCAACGCCGACGAUAGGACCCGCCGUUUCCGGAAACAACGGUUGGGUGGUAGUACCGCGUCCAGACUCAUCGAGGCUUUCUUGAGAUUUUACACAUAUUCGAGGGUCUCGACAAGAAUGUAUUUACACGUCACGUUGCGCGAUCGAUCGGCGAUGCGGAUGGAAUCAUACACGUUGAAAUUCCAAUUCAAUUUUAUACGACUAAAUCGCGCCGUUUACUACCGAUAAAGUCGUGACUAUGCGAAUUUGUAUGGUUAUCUAGCGAAAGACUAUUUUAUCACUGGAAUAUCUGGAUACGAUGCAUGAAAAAACUGUAUUUGAUUUCCGAUGUUAUGUGAUACAGAAGACGCAGUUCAGAUACAGAUUUAAUAUACAGGUAUGUCUUUCAUUAGACUUUUAUUGCAGAAUUUCACAAUCCCAUCUUUUUUUCUAUCUUCUUGCCAAUGCGCGUUCUCCUCGUUCGCGAUGCGAAAUUGAUUAAUACGGCAGCAUAGAUCUUUCCUGUGUGAUAUCUGGUAAUAAUAUUUAAAAAAAUGUAAUGGGAGAUUAUUUUCGAUUUCGAAAACCUCGGAGGCAUCCUUAAUAAUAAUAACGCAAUCUAGUCGCUUCGACGAUGACUCAUAAUUUGUCGAACUUUUUGUUUAUAUUUGAUGUAUAAAGAAUGUGUUGUAUAAUCUUUAUUAUUUAAACUAUGUAUUGCUUAUACUGAUCGAAAUUAUUUUAUAUAUUUUUUUGACUUGAUAUAUUAUAUUGAAUACACAAAAAAAGGAUAUUGCAAAUAUCGAACAAUGAUCAAUGAACAUGAGUGCGCAACUAUUUAAAUUAUAUUUGAAUUUUAUUUCUCCGUACGAUGUUCGCAGUACAUAUAUGUAUAUAUAUAUAUGAUUGAAUUGAUCGUGUAUCAGAGAUAUAAUCUGUAUACGACUUUCUAUAGAAUACUUGUUACUUUUAGCCAAUCAUAUUGCAAGAAAUGAAUUAAAAUUCGUUUUUCUUAUCGUGCGAUUGUUUGUUUGUUUUUUUUUCUUUUUAAUAGUUGCUUUACGUUUCAUCUAAAUGCGAAAUUGAUAUUUUUGCAACAAUUACUGGUCUAACGAAUCGUAAAGAUAAAAAUACUAUUUAAAUCACAAUGAAUUCAUUGAAUGUGCAGAAGCGUUUCUGUUUUAAUCGAGCCGAAUAAAUGGUCGUCUGAGAUGCAAGAUAAAGGACAACUAUUGCAAAAUAUGAAUCAAAAAAAAUAGAAUGGAGCGCUAAAAAAAAGUUAGAAAAUGAGUGAAAAGCACUGAAAAGUUAGAAAAUAGAUGCACAACGAUAUCAAUAGCGAUUGUAUGAGCAGACUAUUUUAUUACUUAUUGAAAAGGAUAUUGAUAGAAAAUUCUCACACAUCAAAAAUUGAGUAAUCAAAAAAUAUCUCGGGCUAAUUUUUUUGUUUUCCGUUUCUAUUUUAAAUAGAAAAUCUCUCGGGAUUCCUCAUUAUUUCACAAUUAAAAAAGGAGAUGUAGACGUAUGACAAAAUAAUUACAUUCUGAGAGUUUUUCGACGAGUUCUCUUUCAAGAAUCUGUGAAAUUGUGAAACCUGAGCUAUAUGUAAAGGAAAAUGCAUGUAUAUAUACAUAUGUAAAUAUAAUUCUGGAAGGUUGCAA